CUAAAUUCAUGGUUUAUACUGGUAAUAUUUAUCCUUUAACUUGUAAAAUCAUCACACGAGCAUGCGUAUAAUAAAUUUUAGAGGAAAAAAUAUUGUAUGUAUUUAGAGUUAGUAAAAUAGUGGAGGAGUAAUAUCCUACUAGGAAUCUAGGAUAGUCGGAUAUGCCUUGGAGAAAAGGAAUCCCGACCCUUUCCUAAAUUAAUUUGUCUCAACUUCCAUGGCGCUGCAAAUGAAAGCGUAUUUCAGCAGCAGCAGAAGCUGCUCCUCCUCCGCCGCAACAGCUCUAUCAUUCCGGUCAUCAGUCACUCCUUUUAUCUCCAACACCAACAACAACCACGUCUCUUUUCAGCCAUCACUGAAACCUGCUGGUCGUUCCAAAGCACAAGUAGUAGUUGCUGUCAUUAAAAAAAGCCCUAAACGUCUUAAAUACUCUUCCCCUCGUCUCCCCAAGGAGGAUGGUUUGCUCUAUAUUGAAGUUGAUCCGGAGGGAUCGGACACAUGGAAAUUGGAUGCAGCUGUGGAACUUCUUAGCAAUGGAGCUGUUGGUGUCAUUCCCACCGACACCGUGUAUGCUAUGGUUUGUGACAUGACUAACCAUGAUGCCAUUGAACGUCUUCGAAGAUUGAAAGAAGUAGAGACUGGAAAGCCCUUUAGCAUUUUAUGUCGCUCUCUCCAUGAUAUAGAUACCUAUACAACUGGGUUCCCUCGUGGAAACAGUGAUGGAUUUUCUGACUAUUUCCGCGCUGUGAAGCAUUGUGUGCCAGGACCCUACACUUUCAUCUUAACUGCAAGUAAAGCAUUACCAAAACAGUGUGUGAAAUAUGGGCCCACUAUUUCGAAAUAUGCAUCCAGGAAAACUUUGGGUGUUCGCAUACCUGAUGAUGCUGUAUGCCAAGCAGUAUUGGAAAAGAUGGGUGCACCUCUGAUUUCCACAAGUGUCAGGUCACCGGUGGAAAAUCAAUGGAUACUUGAUCCAGUUCUAAUAGCUGAUGCAUAUGGACCAGAGGGACUUAAUUUUGUUAUCGAUGCUGGUGUUAGAGUGUCUAACCCAUCUACUGUAGUGGACAUGAUACAGAUACCCCCAAAAAUUAUUCGUCAAGGAAAGGGUCCUAAACAACAAUGGAUGGUUGAAGAGGACAGUGCAACUGAAGAAAGAGAUUAAGAGAGUUGGUACCACAUGCUGCAUAGCUAACGCCACGUGUAUAGUUUUGUUCAAAGCUUGAACUGACUUCAAAGCAUUGACCCCUCACUUUUUGAAGGCAAUUUAUUCACUUUUUGUUCAAGGUUGGCAGGUCACUGGGUCAUUUGACAUUGAAUGUUGCAAUUAUGUAACAAUGCUACUGGUUAAAUAAAAGCCUGUGAUACACCCAUUACCUUGCCUGUAAGUAAACCGAGGAGAUGUAUGCUUUGGAAGUUUAUCUAAUUUUACAUUUCAAAAUCACAAUACCAGGUUUUGAUGUUAUCA